CCGCGUUUGCAUAGCUGCAUUGUAGCUGCUGUGGGUGAAUACAUUCGUUCAGGUAGCGAGCUGAAUGUGAGGCGGAAGCUGGCGGUAUUUUAAGGUGAGGGGCGCACUAUAUGACGUGGCGGAGCGAUCUCGGGGUUGUUGUGUGCGUCUUCCUUUUGGAGAACUGCGAGUCGUGUGGCUCUCGAAGGCUCCUACGCGCGCUGCCCGGGUCUGAGAGGUACUUUGCGCUCCGGCGGGUCUUUCCGGCUCCUCCGACCUGCUGACCGGCGGGUCUGCGGACAGCCGGCGUUCGGCUGGCGCUUCGGGGGCACCGCUCGUCGCCUGACUGUAAUGCUACCGAGCCGCUCUGGCUCGGCACCAGCGGGGAACGGCUCAUCGUCGUCCGGCAGGGAUAGCGCGGCUCACGGCUCCUCGCUUCAGCUUCUCGGAAGCGGAGUUCCCCACGGCUUGACGAGGGCAGGACUCGCCGAUAAACGCGCGGCGCUCGGGCGGCCGAAGGACGGCUCCGGGAUGCUGGGAGGAACCGGCACAGGAGCCGCUUCGAGGGGCGGCGCGAGGCCGAGCACCGGCGCGGGGGGCGUCCUGCCCGCGAGCCUCCGCUACGACGUGGAGCGGGAAAAUGCGGCCCGCGCGUGCAGCGGCUCCGAACCCGACUCGGACUCGGCUGAGGACGACGAGCUGCCGGGUUCCGCCACCGACAGCCAGCGGGGCGUGAAACGGGAGAGGGCCGAGAUGGAGGCGGCAGCUGCGGGACAGGAGCAGGCCGGCGGCCCGGCGGGGGGGUACGGGAUGACCCCGGGGGGCGUCACCGGGGCAAAGCCGGGCAAGAAGACUCGCGGCCGGGUAAAGAUUAAAAUGGAGUUUAUCGACAACAAGCUGAGGCGAUACACGACUUUCAGCAAGAGGAAGACGGGCAUCAUGAAGAAGGCAUACGAGCUGUCCACGCUGACGGGCACCCAGGUCCUGCUCCUUGUGGCCAGCGAGACAGGUCACGUGUACACGUUUGCCACACGCAAACUGCAGCCCAUGAUCACGAGCGAGACGGGCAAGGCCCUCAUUCAGACCUGCCUGAACUCUCCCGACUCGCCGCCCCGCUCUGACCCCUCCACUGACCAGCGUAUGAGCGCCACGGGCUUUGAGGAGACGGAUCUCACCUACCAGGUGUCCGAGUCUGACAGCUGUGGAGAGAGCAAGGACACACUGAAGCCUGCCUUCACAGUGGCCAGCUUGCCCGGCACCACCAGUGCACAGUCCACGGCACCAACUUCAUCCACCACCAUGCAGGUCAGCAGUGGCCCCUCAUUCCCCAUCACCAACUACCUGGCACCCGUCUCUGCUGGAGGCAGCACCAACAGCAUCGCCGGUGCUAAUGGCACAGUGCUUAAGACAUCCGGAACCUCUGCUGGGGUCAUGCAGCUGCCUGGGGCCCUCACCUUCAUGUCAGGCACUCCACUCCCCCCUGGCACCCCCACCAUUCCACUCAGCCAACUGCAGCAGCACUCGCUGACCAUCCAAGGCCAGCAGGGUCAGACCAUCACUGCCACACCGGCACCAGCGCAGCAGGGCCAGCAGGCAGUGUUUCGCUUUCCCGCAGCCGUCUCACUCACAGGUGGAGCAAUGCCUCAGCAGCUGCAGGCCAUCCAGGUUCAUCCAACCACACAGCAGAGCUCCACUGCCAGCAGCAGCAGCCCUGAGGUCUCCCAAGUCUCCACCAGCUCCACAAUGAGUCUCCCGGCCAGCAUCGUCACAUCGUCUGUACCCACAUCUGUAGCAGGUCACAUGAUCUAUCCGAGCCCCCACACAGUGAUGUACGCCUCAACGCCCACGCUGACUGACGGCAGCCUCACUGUGCUGAACGCCUUCCCACAGGGACCCUCUGCCAUGCAGGUCUCUGCACAGGGCCAGGACACAGGACCAGUACCUCAUGUGUUCCUCACAGCACCUGUUUCUGCAGUGCAGAUACACCCGAUGGUCAUUGGUCAGCAGUCGUGUGGGAGCAGCAGUAACCUGACAGAGCUGCAGGUGGUCAACCUGGACACGCCUUCCCACAAUGUGAAGAGUGACUGACAAAGCGCUCCAUGAAAAGCGGACGCUCAAAAAGGAAACUUCCAUCAUUAAUUUGCUUCCAUGAUAUUUUUUUUUAUUUUUUUAUUUUUUAAAAAAAGCAUCUUUAGACCUAAUGUGUAAACACUGCAGCAUAGGAAGGAGAGGAUCAUUUCAACAUCCUAUGUCCUUGUGUGUGUCAGGUUCUUUUGUGCUUAAGUUACGCUACAGGUGUUGUGGCUUCACGGUUCAGCCAAAGAUAUGAACGAAACAGUGAAAAUGAGUACAGAGAGACUUUAAAUGGGGAAAGUAUCAGAUCUAAGGAAAUCUGUAAAGGUGUUUUUUUAAUCAAGAUAUUUUUAGCACACUGUACAAUGGCAUGCGGCUGUUAUUUUUGUAUGUAUAUGUGACUUAUUUAAUAUUUGCGAAGGUAUGUGCAUUAAUGUAAUCUAAAUAUAUAUCAUGAGUGCUGGUCAGGAAUGAAUCAGUAUUUACUGUGCUGAGAGCAAAAACAAUGAUUCUCUGCUGAAAAACAACAAAAUACAAUAACUGCAGACCACAUUGAUGCUUGUGAAGAUGAAUGAAUUGGCAGGUUACACAGGACCAUGAACACAACUGUACAGCUGCCUGCCAUCUCCUCAAGACCUAUGGCCAAACAGCAAGUGUCAUCAAGAAGGAAUACAAGCCCCACUGCUAUGGGUCAUCGUGGAGAUGCAGCAUUGAUGCUCGGUCAUAAAAAGUGUAAGGUAGCCAAGGCCACUGGACAAACAGUUCCUGCAAAGCAAUUCUUACCUGUCCCUGUAUGGUUACUGCUCUGGCUGUCUUUAGGCCAGUCUUGCCUUGUUCUUAGGAAACCAGGUUCUGAAGCAUAAAUCUCACAGUAAUCCACAAAACUUUGAUUAGAAAACUUUAAAACGUAGCCCAUAAAACCACCACUCGCUUGUGUUCAAGCCUGUAUUUGAGCUACUUGUGGCAAUCCAAACCUAAUUUAUGCGCAAGGGAAAAAUCUCCAGGCUUUUCUAUGGCAAACUCUUCACUGGGAGCCAGAGUGACAUUCCUGGAAACCAGUUGUGGCUAUGUAUCGACCUUAAUGUGUAAAUCGAAGGACAGUUAAUAUAGCUGAGAAACAGCCCUGUGGAAGUGAACAGCAGGACUCUCCCUCUGGCCACUCUUCAGACAUCUCUUUGCCAGUAGUUGGUCAUGAUAGUGACCACUGCUAUUAUUACUUAAAACAGUUCACAUACAGCAGCCUGGAUUCUUUGGCAUUUCUUUUGUGUGUGUGUGUGUGUGUGUGUGUGUGUGUGUGUGUGUGUCAGAUUUCAGACUGAUUUAGGGGUCCUUUUAAGCAGACAGCUUAGCUUUACAGUCUUUAUUUUGACAACCAGCCAAUGGUCACUAGAGCAAAAUACAAGAAUGGAAAGUGCCUCAAUUAUUUAAUACAAAGUUGUAAAUGAACAAUUUUACUCUAACAAGGUAUCAAAACAUUUCAACUUCAAGGAUGUUGAUUUUUGGAUGAACUGACAAACCUGUUUAGGGGAAACGCUGACAAUGUUAUGCCUCAGGCUUACGAUGCAUCACGAAUAGCAUGAGAUCUUGUACACAUAUCCAUAACUUAUCAACCUGGAGUUUUCCUUAAAGUUUGAAUAGUUUCACAGCAAACUGCAGAGCAGUCUAUAAACAUGCUGGUUUCACCUAAAAGAAUUAUGGUUGAUUCCAAUUUGGUCAGUGCUCUCUGUGUAGUCUGCAUGUUCAAAUGGACUGGAAGUGCAUCAUUUAAUUUUAAGGGCACACACUGUGUUUGUGUGUGUGUGUGUGCGUGUGCGCGUGUGCCCCCAUAUAUAGAUAUUUACACACAGACACACCGUUACCCUGGUUCUGUCAUCCUUCACUAAGUGGCUACUGUUUGUUGUGUAACAAUCAUACAAAGGCACCGUCACCCUCUUUCCCCAUUUGCCUAAGUUUGCCAAUGAACAUGAAGUCGGUGUCAAUGGUGCUCUAGAUGCUGAUGUUUCUCUCUGUACCUUAAUAAUGGGGUUUGUGCUGACCUUUUUAUGAAAAGAUGUUAUACACUAUGUGUAAGCCUUUAAAGUAUGUUUUUUAUCAAGUUGUUUUGAUUUUAAAAACGUUCAACAAAUGCAGUAGGAACGUGCUUAAUUCUACCUUAUUUCCUUCCAAAACACUGACUAUAUAGUUUGCAGUGCUGGAUAUUUUAUUAGAGAUCUUUAUACUCGAAUCUUUACCCUAAUGUUUAUAACAGUACUGAGAAAUUACAAAAAAGUUUAAUGCCAAGAAAAUUAUUUUUUUCCCUACAAGAUCAGCAAUGGCCUAUUUUGUUUGCUUUGGUUAUAACGACGCCUUCAGAGGAAUAGAAUGUACAGUGCUACGGUAUCAUGGAAACGGAGGCUACUUUGUCUUUACUUAGUUUCUAAUGACUGUUUUUCCCCUCACAUGUUUGUACGGACUGUACAGAGCUUUUUGUAAUAAUAAAAUCUGCAAUAACUGUUUGACACUGCCGAGAUUCGUUUCCUUUCGGCUGUUUUACCACGCUUGUCCUCUGCAGCAGCGGGUCCCACCGACUGGCGACGCACGGGCGCCUCCCGCGGCAACUGGCUCAAUUACACGGCGGCUCAUAGACCGCCGUUUUCUGCGAUGUUCUGCAACGUAUGGCCAGUGUGCGGAUUUUAAGUAAUUGACGUUAUGUAAAAGAAAAAAAAGCAAAGUAUUUCAAAGGACUUUGACGGUAUUUGGGCCCUGUAGCUUUACACUAUAUCAUAGCUCAGACAUUAAGCGACUUGAAAACCACACAUCGGAACGCCAAAUAAUUAAAUAAAAAUUAUUC